CAUAAACUCACUGCGUGCUGAGAGGAGUGUGACGUGAGGAGCUGCACAACCAGAGAGCAUCAAAACACACGAGCUGUCAGCAUGCGGUGUAGCUUUCUGCAUCUGCAGUUCAGACAAAGGAAACCAUAAAAACCUUGAGCAGCAGAGAAGCAACCCACGCCUUCUUUGAUUCAACCCCACAGUGAUCUAUGAAGAUGAACAUGACAGUCGACAGAUGCGGUACACCCUCGGAGGAGUACCAGUACUACUUUUUCCCGGCGGUCUACAUCCUUGCUUUAGUUAUCGGUCUACCGGGAAACCUUGCAGCGCUAUUCGUCUUCACCUUCAAGACGACUCCUCGCACGGCCUUCAGCGUCUACAUCAGUAAUCUGGCUCUGGCGGACAUCGUCAUCCUCUGCACUCUGCCGUUUAAGAUCCACUACCACCUCAACCGCAACAACUGGGUCUUUGGCGACGUGGUCUGCGGCGUCACCGGGAUCCUGUUCUUCGCCAACAUGUACCUGAGCAUCUGUUUCAUGACUUGUAUCUGCGUGGAUCGCUACAUGGCCACCGUGCAUCCACACACCUAUCUGAGGAUGCGAGGCCCUCUGAGCGCUCUGGUCGUCAGCACGUUGCUGUGGUGUGUGGUUGGAGUUGCCAUACUGAUCUUCUUCCUCAUGGGACCUCUGAAGACCAACUCAGACCGAUUCGGAGGUCAGAAAUGUUUCGAGAACUUCGACAGACACGAGUGGAGCUCGCGUUUAGGGGCGUACAGCCUCCUGUGCCUGAUCAUCGGCUCCCUGCUGCCCUCCUUGAUCAUCCUGGUGUGUUACCCGCUGGCUGCGAGGCGCAUUUCCAAGAUAAAGAGUCAAACAGCCCAAAAAGCCGUGAGGGUCAUCUACAUCAUCCUGGCUAUCAUGCUGCUCUGCUUCCUGCCCAACCACGUCGUCUACCUGCUGCAUCUGCUUCGACGCACGGACGUGAUCCGGAGCUGCGUCGCCGCCCACAUCAUCUACAACGCCAGGCGGGUCACCAUGGCGCUCGUCGUCCUCAACACGUGCCUGGACCCGCUGCUUUACUACGUCACCACCAACCACUGCAAAUGGAAGUGCUUUAAGAUGACAUGGGAGUGCGGAAGGAUGAGGAAGCGUCGGGGUGUUUAUGUCGUUCAGUGAGACGAGCAUCGCAACAAUGAGUCUUUUCUACA